AGCGGUGUUGUUAGGGAAGUGACGUCGCAGGUGGAUAGAGGUGCACUCAAACGCUGGGAUGGUGAUACCUCUCUUCUGAUACUUUUUUCAUAACGACAGGAUUUUGCUAAUCGUCAAAGUGUUUGAGGUAUGAAUUGGAUAGGUUCCCGAGGCGUGCAAGCAGCAAGUGAAAUACCGUUGUCGACGUCGCGUGUUUGCCAGCUGCAGCCAGGCUCGUACGAUGGCGACAAGGCUCAGCUGCUACGGGAAGACCUCGGGAUUUGUCAACGUUAGCUGGAUUUGUACUUUUUCUCUGCUGAUUUCUGUUCUACAGUGUCAUAUUUGCAAACACGAAGCACCCCAUCCUUCAGAGGUCAUUCACAAAGUGCAUCUAAAACCUGGGAGGCUUACUAAAAGGAGUACAGACCAGCAAUUGAAUAUCAAGAUCAUUUAUGACCAAAGUGUCGAUAGGUUACCAGAGGACCAAGGAACUCUUGUUAAGGAAAACCUAUUCCCCCAAGCGAUUGAUUACCUGCAGAAAGCAUUCAGAGUCCGUAGACGAGCAGGACCAGUUCUACUGAGCAGACAAUGUGCAACCAAUCAAUACCUGCGAAAGAAAGAUGACCCCCACCGAUACUGCCAGGGAGCAUGUGCACAGCACACCAAGUGUGGACCUGUUGUGGUGCCUGAGCACCAUUUGCAGCAAUGCAAGGUGUGCAGCGAGACGGGGAAGUCGUGCGGGCCCGUGGGGCCUCCCGAUGGAGAGGGGGUGGAGGGGGCAGACUUCGCGCUGUACGUGAGCGCGGUGACCACAGAGCGCUGCGGCCAGGAGAACAUCGUGGCAUACGCAGCCUACUGCCAGCUGGAGUCGGAACUGGACAGGCCUAUCGCAGGCUAUGCCAACCUCUGUCCCCGCAUGAUCUCCACCCAACCUCAGGAGUUUGAGGGCAUGCUCUCCACCGUUAAACAUGAGAUCAUACACGCCCUGGGCUUUUCUGCGGGACUCUUUGCGUUUUAUCACGAUGACAACGGCAAGCCUCUGACCCACAGGUUUGCCAGUGGUUUACCUGCCUACAAUGAAAGCUUAGGGCUGUUCCAGUGGAGUGAUAAGGUCAUUCGCCGAGCCACCAGGCUGUGGGACAUCAGCGACGGGAGGAUGGUGCAGCACGAAGUUCACCUCCUGGUCACGCCACGUGUAGUCGCAGAGGCUCGGAGGCACUUUGACUGCCCCAUCUUGGAGGGCAUGGAGCUGGAGAACCAGGGCGGCAUGGGGACGGAGCUGAACCACUGGGAGAAGAGGUUGCUCGAGAAUGAAGCAAUGACUGGGUCUCACACACAGAACAGAGUCUUUUCAAGAAUAACACUAGCAAUAAUGGAAGACACAGGGUGGUACAGAGCAAACUACAGCAUGGCAGAAACCCUUGAAUGGGGCAAAGGUCUGGGCUGUGACUUCGUCAUGAAGAGCUGCAAGUUCUGGAUGGACCGUCAGCGGCAGACGAGGACUAGCCUGACGCCCUACUGCGAGUCAGUGAGAAGUAGCCCACUCCAGCUCACCUGCAGGCAGGACCAGCUGGCCGUGGCAGUCUGCAACCUGCAGAAAUACUCACAGGCCCUCCCCCUGGAGUACCAGUACUUUGACGAGAUAGCCGGUGUGCAGCAGUCAGACCUGGCCUCGUACGGUGGUGCCGUGGAGAUCGCGGACUUCUGCCCCUUCAGUCAGGAGUUCAGCUGGCACGUGAGCGGAGAGUACCAGCGGAGCUCCUACUGCCGAGUACAGGAGAACCAGCCAGAUGCAUUGAGGAACUAUGGUGCGGAGCAGUACGGCCCCAGCUCGGUGUGCCUGUACCAGAAGUCUCCCUUCACCAUGGAGCAGUGCACCAGACGGCUGACCUACCCCGACUGGGGCAGCGGCUGCUACAAGACGUCGUGCUCGGACCAGGGCCUGAUGGUGUGGGUGCGGGACCAGGCUUUCCUGUGUGUGCGGGCGGGUCAGCUCCUCCACGUCAACGUGCGCUUCAACGACUGGGUGUACAGCGGCGUGCUGGUGUGCCCCGCCUGCUCGGACUUCUGCAGCUCCUGCCCCCUGCCACACCUGCUGCCAAACGUCAACAACACUAGGAGUGCGAAGAUCGACCCCUGCUCCAGCUCCUCUAGCCUGGUGGUGACUCUGUGGCUGCUGCUCCUGAACCUCACCCCCCUGUUAGCUGGCUACAUCCUCUGUGGCUAGCGGGACACCUCCUUCUCCUCCCAUGAAACCCGUAAGGGGAGUCCCAACAACCAGGGCACACUCAUCACCUCUCAGCCAGUGGACCUCAGUUUAUCUCCCCAUCCCGGGGCUGCGGAGACCUGCUUGGGAGUGGAGUGGAGUGGGGUGGAUUAGAGUAGAGCCCGGAGAACCGCAGAACCUUCUCAAGAAAUAGCAGCUACAUCCACGCGUCUUGACCGCAAUGAGCGGAAAGGCCCAAACCAGCCGAGCUGGCUGGAGAGAGGGAGAAAUAGAGAGAGAGGGAGAGAGAUGCUGUGGGAUAAGCCUUUGAUUGCACUCCUUUAUAACCUAGCUAAGUGCCAGUAUGUACUGUAUGUAAUCGAUAAUAACAAUUGUCAGAAGCCAUAGGCGGAAGAGCUGGGAAAAGAUGCAGGUGUGCUUUUGAUGUGCCAGGUGCUAAAUUCCAACUUUUGUCCACACAUGCCCAGUGUGAAGGUAGCUUUUUUUGUUUUGGUUUGUUUGGUUUGCCCCAACACUAGGGACAUAUCAGGCAAAUAACUUUGUCCUUCUGUUGACCCAGGGUGGUGCUUUUACCUUGAAGGUAAUAACGGGAAUGGUUUUCUUCUCUUUGAAAGUGAUUGAUUGUGAAUGUCAUUGUGUUUCCCUUCAGAUUAAGGGGUAAAAAUGUGUAUGGUUAAGACUGAAAUGUGAUGAAGUUAUGGAACGUUUUGAUGUUGUAUGGUUUAAGAUGUUAUUGAGGAAUGUUUUGUGUUUGCAUUGUGGGAUUGGGACUGUAAAAUACCACAUUACAUGAAGAGCAUUAUUUAUUGAGAUUAGCUAUGUUUUUUGUGGGCAGGAGACUUUCAGGACUGUCUUGCAAUGGGAUAGCAUUGAUCCAACCAUGUGUAAAGAGGCAUUAAUAAUCAUGUAUUAAUGUACUGUUAGUUCCAAAUUGGCUAUUUACAUCAGCCCACAUGUAGACUUCUGAGGCAUAUACUAAGAAGCUGGUUCAGGAGUAAACCAGGUUAAGUUUAAAGGUAAAUCAUCUAAUGGAAGAGCCUUGAGUCCUCAUGACGAAGCUCUUCUAUUUGAUGAUUUUCCUCUAAACUAAACCUGGUUUCCUCCUGAACCAGCUUCUUAGUCAUAGGCCCAAGAUGCGAGCACUUGAUCAAUUUAUGUUCAUAGCUGUAUGAAGAAAUAUAUGUUUUAUUCCCAUGUACCCUAAGGUAACCAAGUGGGUGCCUCAUUACCUCAGAAGGAUCUGGGACAUGCAAUCAAAAUGGUGAAUCAUGUAAGAAUCAUUGGCGAUUAUACUGUAUUUGUAUACUGUUGGAGGAACGUUUAGGCGUUUGAGUAGUCAGGUUCGAGAGUGAAGUUAAGUGGCAGACGUUUAACUCUUCUGCUGCUUGUUUACAAAGAAUCAACUGGCUCUUCUAUUUAUAGACUGUUUGAAUAUUUUCUCCCCUAUUUCAAAGCAGCUUUUUUAUUUGUCAUUUCUACACUUCCAACUGUCAAAGCCACUGAAGAUACAGAUUGGGUGACCCGGACAGCUAUGCUGCGGCAGCUGUACUACUAAUCUAUGUAAUUUGCUUUUAUGUUGUUUACAUUCAAAGGCAAAACCCUCUUCCUGAACCACUUAACUGGUCAGGACGCAAGUAAGUUGCACAGAUCGACAAUUGUAUUUUUUUCAUUGUUUCAAUGAUUUAAUGAUUAUUUAUUUUCAAUCAUUUUCAAUGGCCACAAAACUUGCAUUUUCAGGAAGGGCUGGUUUGCCAAUUGUUUUGCUUGGCUGUGGGUAUUUGUAUAUAUGUAUUUUAUUAUCGUUCUUUCCACACACCACCUUGAAUCAUCUGUUUUUGCCAGUCGUGAUUUAUGUCGCACAAAGCAAACGAGCCUUAAUAAGAAACCAACUUUAUGAAGAACAUAUACAAGUUUAUUUUGGAAUUCUGCACCACAAUGCCUACCAAUACUCCUUUUUGUAUUUCUAAAAGUGGAGCAAUGCAUUGGGAAGAAUUUGAAUGAUUCUGUAUUUUUGUCUUGUUUUGUCCAGUAUUCCUGUUUUUCUUUCGGUCUCUCAGUUAUAUUUUAGUUGCGUCUUUGUUUUUCAAAUAUGAAGAAUGGGUUGCCAUCCCGUAUUGCUGACUGAAUUGAAGGACCACAGUUGACCCGAGAUGAACAGUAAUAGUACUUGUGUGCAUUAGUUAGAAUUAUUUAUUAUUUAUUUAUGUUUCCUGAUUUCCAGCGUCAAGGCAUGUAAAUCAAACAUUUAAUAGUUUGACAGGUAAUGAUUUUUAUCUAACAUUGACAUAUACUGUUACAUUUUAAGGCUGCUAUGUAAGUUGAAUUUCCCUCAUGUUGAUUCAAUUCAGGACAUAAACUUUACAUGCUAUAUACACACUGACAUCAAACAUUAUAUUACUGAACUGACAUAAUCAAUGACUACACUGAGAUCUCGUGAAAAUUAUCAAACUUAUUUAAACAUUUGCCACAAAAAGUCUGCCGUUUGAAACCCUUGAUUGUGUGUGUUUGUGUGCACGCUCAUGUGUGAGCAUAUGUGUGGUUCAUGCUUUUAAAGUAAGAUUUUUUUUCAGAAAUGUUCUUUCUCUUGCAUUGUUGGUCAUACGUUUCGACAUUUUGCUGUUUUUAAACUUAAUAUGUGUAAUAAUAGAAUUGGUGAUGUUUGGGACAUCUUUUUUUAAAGGUCUAAACAGUUUUAAUUGUGUAACUUAUACGGUAGCCUAGUUUGCUUAGUGGUAGACCUUCAACAAUAAUUUAAUGAUGCAAGAGAUGGACAUUACUUGACCAUAUCUGUAUUGGUUUAACAACACUUGAGAAAACAAUGACUAAAACUAAUAAAAAAUCAACCAUUUUCUCAGG